AUGAGUGACGAAGCAUACCAGCAUGACCGUACUCUAAAUGGCCACCAAACGGUGGCAGUAAACAGCUACGAUUGGUUGCAAUACCGUGAUGAGCAAGAUCAUUAUGAAAACAAGAACCCGAUAACGCACGCGUCUCCAGGGGUCAGUUUGAAUACUCACAACUCAGAAAUACCGGGAGACCCUCAAUCUUUCAGUCCGUCCUCUCGACUUCUGGCUAAUGUGCUGCCCGAGAGCUUGCGACCUGGUCAAGCUUCAGAGUGUAAUCCUCCCGUUGGAUUUCUUCGCAAUGCAGAAGACAAAACCUCAGGACAGGAGGACGACGGAAGUCGUUACGAGAUCCAAUAUUCAGUAUUUCGUUCUUUGCAUGCGUAUCCAACCAAGGACAUGGCGUAUGAGCAACUCCGAAGAAAAGAAGAACAGGUGGAGAGAGACAACUUCGAACAUUUAGUCUCUGACUGCAUUGAGGCCAUGGAGACUUGUGGACGCGAAUUGGAGAGGAUCCAAGCUGGCUCAAGUGGAUCAUAUUUUGUGUAUGGAACACCGGCCCACGAAAACGUACCGGUAGGUGUCUUCAAACCCAAGGAUGAGGAACCAUAUGGUCCGUUUUCUCCAAAAUGGACUAAAUGGGCUCACCGUACAUUUUUCCCAUGCUUGUUUGGCAGAAGUUGUUUAAUACCGAAUCUCGGGUACAUCUGUGAAAGUGCGGCUAGUUUGUUGGAUAGGCGACUCGAAACGCACCUGGUGCCCUAUACAGAUACUGCAUCUAUAGAGUCUUUUAAUUUUUACGAUAAUAGAAAAAAAUGGGUACUAGGAUACAAUCUGCAAAAGAAGAAACAGAAGAAAUUGGGUUCAUUCCAACUUUUUCUAAAAGACUACAUAAACGCAGAUGAGUUCUUUCACAAAUACCCAUUACCGGGAAUGUAUUCGGAUGUCAAACAUUCGUUUCAUAAUAAGAAAUCUGGCGAAGAUAGCAAUCACAAGCCAGAGGUAACUAGAAGUUUUAUGGAAGACAUAGAGCCGCCAAAGCAAAUAAACUCAUCCCCGAUUUCGACUGAAUCCGAAGAAAAUAUGGAAUUUGAGUGGACAGAAACCACUUUAAAUCAGUUCAGAUUAGAGCUAGAGAAACUGAUCAUUCUGGAUUAUGUAAUGAGAAACACAGAUAGAGGCCUAGACAAUUGGAUGGUGAAACCAAUCAAACUUCCAAACAACAAGUGGAAGCUUAAGUUAGCCGCCAUCGAUAAUGGUUUGUCUUUCCCCUGGAAGCAUCCCGAUGAGUGGCGUUUAUACCCAUACGGCUGGUUAUAUCUGCCUUUGCAACUACUGGCCAAACCAUUUUCUGAGCAAAUACGAUCUCACUUUCUACCGAUAUUGACAAGCACUAAUUGGUGGGAAGAGUCGUACCAAGAAUUCUUGGCACUAUUUAGCAGAGACCAAGAUUUUAGCGUCCGUAUGUGGAAAAAGCAAUGGGCAGUAUUGAAGGGGCAAGCGUUCAAUGUUGUCGAAACUUUGAAAGACCCCCGACAAGGCCCAUUAGAGCUAGUUAGAAGAACAAGAUGCCAGGUAAUAGAUGAGAAGAUGCAAGUUCCCUGUUGCCCACCACCCGUCUCUAUUUUCAGAAACGCCAUAGACGAACCUAUUGGAUCAUACUCCACUUCACCAAUGAUACUUCCCAGCACACCAAGUACGAUUCCUUUCCAUGUGCAUGUCCAAAAUGAUAGUAAUCCUGUAUACUAUGAUUCCACUCUUCAUCCGUUCGCUAACAAAACAGUGAUAGCAGAGCGGUUACAAAUAAUUAAUUCUACCCCAGUAUUCACUUGGUGUUAA